GUCCAGGAGAGACCGGAAGUGGAGGAAGUUCAGACUCAUUGAAUUCCUCUGUUGAAAUUGAAAGCAUGGAAAACACUGUCCAGCUGCAGAGGGAGGUUGGAUUAGUCCGAGCGGUAUCUCUGAUCGUAGGAAUGAUGAUUGGAUCUGGGAUCUUCAUCUCACCGAAAGGUGUUCUCCUUUCAGCCAGCAGUGUGGGCAUGAGUCUGGUGAUAUGGUUCCUCUGCGCUGUGAUAUCUUCGUUAGGUGGGAUGUGUUUUGCUGAACUAGGUGCAGUAGUGCCACUAGCUGGAGGUCCAUAUCAAUACGUGCUGCAUGCCUAUGGUAACCUACCUGGCUUCAUGGUUGCAUGGUCUCUGGUAGUUAUUAUGAAGCCAGGUAGUGUUGCCUUGACAGCUAUCACCUUGGGAACCUAUAUAUCUGAUUACGUCGUCGCUGGUGAUUGUGCUCCUCCUAGGGAAGCGGUCCAACUCUUUGCUAUUCUCACAGUCAUGUUGAUUGCAUUCGUCAACUGUGUGGGUGUUCGACUAGCCAGUGGAAUAUCUGUGGUCUUCGCAGGAGCAAAAGUCAUUGCCCUCAUGGUUAUCAUCAUCGCUGGUCUCGUCAAAGUAUUCCAAGGUCAGACGGAGUAUUUAGACCCAUCGGUGUCAUUUGAAGGUUCCAGUACGCAGUUCCUAGGCUAUGGGCUAGCAUUCUACUAUGGCUUCUGGGCGUAUGGCGGGUGGGAUAUACUGAACAGUAUAACAGAGGAGCUGAGAAAUCCAAGCAGGAAUAUUCCGCUGGCUAUCGGUAUCGCUAUACCUGUUGUGACAACGAUUUACCUACUGACUAACAUCGCAUAUUUCACCACACUCUCCCCGACUAAGCUACUGGCUUCAAGCGCUGUUGCAGUGACAUUUGCCGAGCGAACCCUUGGCUCUAUGGCUUGGGUUAUUCCCUUGGGUGUGUGCAUCUCUACGUUUGGUCAUCUACUCGGUAGCAUCCUUGCCACCCCAAGGUGA